AGCCUCAUCCGGUCCAGCCACAGAGAGCAAGCAGCUGCGAAACAGUAACUUUGCUUUGAAGUUUGAUUAUGCUUUAUUGCAGGCUUAUCCUCUCAUGCAGUGUCUGUUUUUAGAAAAAUGGAGGGUGAUCGCAAACAAGCUCCCAAGGUACGUAGACCUAUCUGUAUCCCGAUAUCUAUCAGGUUGCCCCAGCAAAGCACAGUUUAGGACGCGUUUCGGAUCAGUUUAACCACGGAGGAAGGAGGAACCAUUUGACAUUCAGAACACUUGCAGGAUGCACAAAAUCGUCCAUAAAAGCGAUGGAGUGCGAAAGGGACAAAAAACCCACACUCCACCACCCUGGAGGCCUACAUGUACAUCCACCAGGUGGAACUUCACAUACAUUUAGCUGGGGCUAUGAGGCCGUCCACAGUCUGGGAACUUGCAAAGAAACGUGGUGUGGAUGUACCGGGCUCCAAUGCAGAGGAACUUGCUCAAACCAUCAGCAACUUCGAAAGGGGUGACCUCUUCAGUUUUCUGAAAACAUUCCGAAUUUUCAUGCCAACAGUUGUUGCCGAUAAGGAUGCACUUCGGCGUAUCUCGUAUGAGCUGUGUGAAGAUAAAGCCCGAGAGGGCGUGGUCUACUUUGAAGCACGCGUCUGCCCUCCUCAGCUGGGUAACUUGAAUGCAGAGACCAGUUGGUAUCAGGAUAACAUUCAAAAUCAGCUCUCGACACGGGAGGUGAUGGCAACCGUCAUAGAGGGACUAGAGGCCGGACAAAGAGACUUCAACAUCAAGGUCCGACUGAUACUUGCUGCGGUCAAGGAAAAACCAGAAUGGGCAACUGAGUGUCUGCAACUUUGCAAGGAAUUCCCUCAUAUGGCCGUGGGCAUGGAUAUCGUUGGCAAGGAAAAUGUUCCACUGAAUCCUGAGAUUAUCCGAGCUUUCCAAGAGGCAGAGCGAUGCGGCAUUCAUCGCACCGUACAUGCUGGAGAGGAUGGCCCGGCCAGUAAUGUCAAGGAAGCAAUUGAGCUGCUCAAGGCCGAGAGAAUUGGGCAUGGAUACCAUGUACUACAAGAUGACAGCAUUUAUCAGAUGAUCAAAGACUCAGAUGUUCAUCUUGAAGUUUGCCCAACAUCCAGCGUCUACACUGGGUCAUGUGACCCUGACUUCAGCAAACAUCCUGGUGUCAGGUUCACUCAAGACAAGAUCAACUUCUCUUUGAACACGGAUGAUCCCUUAGUCUUUCGAAAUACCAUCAACGAUGAGUUUGAGAUUGCCAAGAAACACUUUGGACUGAGUGAUGAUGCAGCAAUCCAAGUUACGAUGAAUUCAGCACGCUCGGCAUUCCUGCCAGAACAAGAAAAGCUGGAGCUUAUUCAACAAUUGAGGGCAGCAUACAACCUCAGGGACAAGUGAGUCAUGACAGGAAUGUAUUAUGAAACACGAAAAUAUAAACUGUAUAAUUUUGCUGCCAGUAUAACAUGAAUUUUGCACUGCCACAAUAAAACUGAAAUUAUAAAUCAUUUAUAUAUAAUUUAUCUUUAUAUAAUUUCAAUAUAAAUGUGCACCAGUUAUACGUCUGUGAACUGUAUUUGAUGUCAGCAUAACCUGUUUCAUGUUUUGAGGCUUUUAACAUGGCUUGCUGUUGUUGCAGUUGGCCACUGUGCAAUGCAUGGUAGAUGCAAGUAACAUGCUGACAAGUUUUCUGGAAGUGUGCGUUUCAACGUGGACCAGAAGUUGGCACUUUCAGUUUUUACAAACCAACCUGAUAGAAAAGUAAAGGAUGACGGAUUACCGACAUGCUUGUAUAGAUGAUGUGUUAGUUUACUCGUAAAUUGAGUAGACACAGAAGCAAAAUCAUAUUCCAGAUUACUAGGAGUCUACUUGUAAAUCAACCCUCAGUUUCAACUUAAUAUUUUGUUCUCAAGAAGGGGAUGCAAUGAAACUACUUUACAUAUUCAUGUAACCUUUGACCCACUCCUUUCCACAGCAACCAACUUCAAUGUGCAACAUGAGUAGAACAUGACAGGAUGGCUUGACCUUAUAUGUGUCCAUUUUGUCUUUCAAAUGUCGUACAUUGUUAUCACAUAGGCCGAUUCUGAUGUAUGGGUUUUAUGCAAUCAGUCAGUAAAAUCAUGGACUAAAUUAACCACUUGCAAAUUUCAAAUCCUAGCUCAUGCUGACGUAUA